AUUUUUUAAAAGGUGUCCACGUGGUUGUGUAUUACGGUAUUUGUCUUCACGUGGUUGAAAUCAUUUAAAUAUGUCAUAAUGAAUUAAUGGGGGUAAUCGAGCGAAGGGCCAAGAUUUAUUAUCCAGAAGAGAAAUAUGGAAUUGUCGAGUGUUGUUCGCGAAUUAGAAAACAUAGCUCCACUUUCAUUAGCAGAAAAAUGGGACAAUGUAGGGCUUUUGGUUGAAUCUUCUAAAAAUAGUCAGGUGAAUAAAAUACUUUUGACGAACGAUUUAACUGAAAGUGUUUUAUUGGAAGCUGUAGAGAAGAAAAUUGAUUUAAUUGUAUCUUAUCAUCCUCCUAUUUUUAAACCUUUAAAAUCUUUAACGUGUAAAAAUUGGAAAGAAAAUUUGAUAAUUAAAUGCAUACAAUCGUACAUAAGUGUAUAUUCCCCUCAUACAGCUUUUGAUGCCGUUGCAAAAGGUGUAAAUGAUUGGUUGAUUCAGUGCUUUGAUAUGGAUUCUAUUAAGCCAAUUCAUCAAAGUUAUAUGCUGUACUCCAAAUUUUCUCAUCAUGUCAAAAUAACUUUUCCAACAGAUAGUAAUAUUGAAGAAAAACUAAUGUUGAUACAAGAUACAUCAAUGUCUACCCUAAGUGUUAAUGAAGAUAUGAAAACAAUUACGAUCUCUACAAAUAAUUUGUCAUUGAUGAAAAUUGUAGAAAUAUUAUCUCUGUUUCCAGAUGUCUUAAAAACGGUUGAAAUUCAUAAAGUUAAUGAGAUUCCAGCAUUUGGAUAUGGCAUGGGAAGAUUUGGAAUAUUGAAAAAACCUACAAAAAUUAAUGAUAUCAUUAAUACACUUAAGCAAUAUUUAGGUUUGAAACAUUUAAGAGUUGCUUUAGGCAAUAAUCACAGUCUAGACUCUCAAGUGAAAACGAUUGCCACUUGUGCUGGUGCCGGUUCCAGCGUAUUAGAAUCAACCAGGGCUGAUCUAUUUAUAACUGGAGAAAUGUCUCAUCAUUUUCUCUUAGAUGCAACUCAAAAAAAUAUAACUGUUAUUCUUUGUGAACAUAGCAAUAGUGAGAGAGGUUAUUUAAAACAAUUUUCUGAACUUUUAAGUAAAAAGUUAGAAAAUGUAACAGUUCUAAUAUCAGAAAUGGAUAAAGAUCCCAUUUUAAUUACUUGAAUUAAAAAAGUACAUAUGUUUUUUUAAAAUUUAUAUUGUUUUUUUCAAUUAACCAAUUAAAAAGUAAAAAAGGCAAUGUUUUACUGUAGCAAACAGUAAGUUUGUUAGAUUCUCUUAAUUACAGUAGUUACCACUGGACUUAGACAAGGCCACAGUUAACAUGCCAUCCAGGUUUAAAAAAAGUAGCUUUGAUUUCCUUGCAUGAAUGUUUUACAUAAUCUAAAUAUAUAAAAUUACUUGUCCUGACUGAUUGAUUCAUCAUCUCCCAGAGCAAACCGCUAAACCUAAAGAGGUAAAAUUUGGUACAUAGUUAAGGUACAUCAAUAAAAUGCACACUAAGAAGGGAUUUUUCAAAAUUCCCUCCACAGGGAGUGGGAGAGGAUUAACGCUUAACCUGAAGAACGGCUUCUACUGUACUAUUUUAGAUGCGAUUUUUUUGUUUUUAACUAUGUUUAGUCUUCAUUGAGUACUUAGGUGUAUUAAAUUGAUAACA